GCUUUUAGUUUCACGCGCCGUGCAAUUCGCAUGCGGCUGUGAGCUGCUUACCGGGCUGCCUCUCCUUCCAGCUCCGUUUCCGACCAUGAAAUCCCUUUAUCUGGCAGCCUCACAAUGGGCCCGGGGAACUUUUAGAGCGGCGGCUGCUCCUCGUGGCCUUUGAUCCUGUUCCCUCUUCCUUCCGCCCACUGAGCCUGGUGCCUUUAUUAUUAUCAACAAUAAUACUACCAAUAAUCAUCGCCGGGCAUGUGAAGCCCCGAGCAUCAUGCCAGCAACGUGCACUUUUUUGCUCCAUCAUCUCAGCCUCCUUCUGGUCGUGGGGCUGCAUCUCUUCGUGGGAUCUUUUCCUCUGGACUCCCGUUCCUCCGCUGCCUCGCCUUCCUCCUCAUCCUUCUCCACCGGCAGUCCCCGGUUCGCCACUGAGGGGCCGCGAGGAUCUGCUGUAGCCGCGCUGGAGGGAUCUUCCUUCGCUGCAAGAGGUUUCCUGCGUCGCUUGGAGAGAAAGACCUUGGAGCCCUCCGCUGCAUCCAGCGGCGUUUGGGAUCCUGCAACAGAAGGACGCAGCGGCGACCCGGGCAUUAUGAGCAGGCGAAGGGCAGUCGACAGUUCACACACUGAAUCAGGGACCUACAGCUUUGCAACAGACAAUGCAGAUGCCUUCAGUAUCUUUGGCAACACUGAAGGAAGGACGUUGAGACUGAUUACUGACAGUGCAACUGUGCCUACACCUGCCAUAGGCUGGACCCCGUCUUACCCUGAAACUGUACAAUCUGGUGGUUUAGGCCAUGACUCCUCUUCAGUGAUGCAGACCAGACAAGCUGAUUCCCCAUCAAAUACUCUGCAGAUUGCAGAGCUUGAAACAGUGCCUUUGAUGACACAUUUACCCCACACACCAGUUUCUUUACUGUCAGAGCAUAAUUUUUCAGCCACUGGAAGCAGCUACCAUAGAGACAGCAGCUGGGACGUAGAAACAACAACAUCCAAUUUACAUAGUGAAAGCAUGGACAGUUCAAGCUACACAGUCAACAAAGAAAGGACUUCACAGUUUCUGGCAGAUAGCAUCACACUGCCUGACUCAACAACAGAAGGCCCCGUUUCUCAGAUGGAAACCACUGUAUCUUCUAAUCAAACCCAGUUUUCCUCUCAGACAACUCAGUUGAGGGGAAGGAAUACCACAUCAAAUUUCAUACAAUUUCAAGACUCUUUAGCAAGAGUGGCUCUUACCCAUUCUUACCUGUCCCCAAAUACUGCUGCUGAAGGUGGUAAUCAAGCAAGGAGCAACUCAAGCACAGAGCAAAGAAUUUUCAGUUCUCAGACGGACAGCAUGUCUGUUUUAGAUGUGUCAGACAGAAGUGAAGGGAGAACAUUGCAAACUCUAACAGACAUGAGCCAUUUUCAUAAUGCAACACAAACAGUGAUCUCUUCUGGUAAUGAAACCUCCAGCUCUUUAAGACGCACUCAUUCUUCUUACUUGUUGACUCCAGAACAAACCAGUGGGUUGAAUUUGUCACUGGGAGACUCUGAAUUUACUGAAACCGCCCUUGUUCAUUCCCAGGCCCAUUCAGAAACAACAGAUGACAGGAAUAUACAACAUACCUCCAGUGUAGAAAAAAGAAAGACACACACUCAGACUGACAGUACAUUGUCUUCCACUGUGCUCUUCAGUGAUAGAGUUUGGACUCCGGAAGCUGUAACUAACAGGAACAAACCCACAGAAGCGACUGAAAUUUCAGCUUAUGGUUUGGAAGAUGUCACUUCUGAUUUAACUCAGACCUCAUCUCUUGCAGCAGGAAAUAGAAACCAUCUCUUAUCAAUGGAGAAGGAUUUUAUUGAAGCCUCAGAAGAGCCUUUGCUUACAUAUUCCUCCAAAACCUCUUUUUAUUUACCUUCCACAAUAGAUCUUUCAAAUGUCAAGACCAAGCAUCAAACCUUCAGCACCUCCGAUACAGGAGAAAAAGAUGCUCAGACUGACAGCACGUUCUCUUCUGUUGCAUCGAUCAGAGAUGGAAAUGGGACACUUGACUCUCUAACUAAUUCUAGCAAAUUCACUGAAACAGCAUUACUCUCCACUUUGGGUUCGGAAGGUGUUAGUUCUUCAGAUUUAGCUCAGUACUUAUCUGUUACUGUGGAAAUUGGAAAAAAUCCUAGUUCGUCAAAAGAGAAACAUGUCACUGAGACUUCAAAAGAAUCUUUGCUGAGAUAUUCCCCUAAAUCCUCCAUUUAUUCACCUUCCACAAUAGAUCUUUCAAGUCCUGGAAAGAGUCAUCAGCUGGUUAACGUUUCAGAGCUACAAGGAAGAAUUUCUAGUGCAUCUACAGAUAGUUUGUAUCUAUCAACCACAUUUAUGCAUGGUGCAGAAAGGACAUUAAGGUCUCUACCAGAUAAUAGCACAUUUGAUGCAUCAGAGAGUAGCAUUUCUAACACUGAAGCCUCCAGCUCUUCAAAUCCAGCUCAGACUUUGACUUCUGUGGCGGAGGCUAAAGAACAAAAUGUCUCACUGAGCGAAGGACAAUUCACUGAGCAUUCUACUGAUCAUUUGCUUGAACUGUCCUCUCUAGUUCCAGUCCACUCAGCUUCACCAGAAGAUUCAUCAACAGUUGGAAUUGGUCAUCAUAGAGCAAACAGCUCCAGUACUGAAAGGAGGGCUUUACAUUCUUACACUGACACCGUAUACAGCUCGGCACCUUUCAGCAGCGGAGAAGAACAAACUUUGCAAUCUGUAACGAACACCACUUUUACAGAAGUGACAGAACGCUCCUCUUCAUACAUGGAAAAGUCCACCGCCUCAGAACUAAAUCACUCUUUAUCAGGAGUGUAUUUUGAACUGACCAACUUUUCAGGAAAAGACUUAGAAAUAUCUGGACCUUCAACUGAGACUGUUCAAAGUUUCACCUCAGCAAGGACACCAACUUAUUCUUCUUUCCAAAGUGAACCUUCAGACACUCGAUAUGAUUUCCAAACAAUGGGUAGCGCUGACACAGGAAAAAGAAGUUCUGCUUCUCAUACUGACAGUACAUACAUCUCAACCUCCUUCACGAAAGGUGGAGAAAGGACGUUGCUGUCUAUUUCAAAUAACAGCACAUCUUUUUUUGCAGAAAUUUCUACCCCUUUGGAGUCAGCUCAGUCCACAAUUUCUAUAACCCAGAAUAUGGGAAGUAACUUUUCAUCAAGUGACGGAGAUUUCUCUGCACCAUCAACAGAACCUUUGGCUCUACAGUCUCUGCAAACAGCAGGGUCCUCUUCUACAGUGAGUUAUUCAAUCUCUGCCUCUACAUCUUCCAGCAGCUUAUCAUUUCUGCCUUCUAAAGCACCAUCGCUACAGAGUUCAAUUCCACCAACACAACCACCACUUUUAUUCUCAUCACCAGAACUCUCUUGGACAGCAUUUUCUUCUAGUCCCCCAACACAGUUGUCCUCUCAAACUCCUUUAUUGACACCUUCACCCAAACUGUUGUCAACUGCCCAGCCCACUUUCCCCCCACUCUUGUCUACGUUGUCGGCUCCUGCUUCAACAUCCUCACCUUUACACCCUAGCAUAAAUUUGGAAACCAGCGUUUCUGAAACUGUACCUGAAGGUACAACAGAUUCAUCCUCAGUUGGGAGCUCCACCGUUGAAUACAACAGCCAGACCAGGACGUAUCCUUUGAAAGAUAACCCUGGUUUCACUUCAACAGGAUCUUCCCCUCUUCAGACUGAAACUACUGAGCAGCUUACAAAUCAUUCUGCCCCUGUGACGAUCUCUGUAGGAAAAACCGAGAGUUCACAAGAGCACAACGUUCCCCUCCCAGGGACCAGUGCUGAAGAAACCGUUCCCAUUUUAACUACAUUUCCUACAUUUUUAUCUGAAAGUACCACAGUUUCUGGUGGUAGUGUGCUGCCAAACACAACUCGAAAAGAUACAUUCAGUUUGGUGGUAAAAGUAACUACAGGAAAAAAUCUGACAAACAUGACACGCACAACGUUAGGCUUACCGACUUUGGCAUCAACUACAGACUAUUCAGUCACUACAAAAUCUCCCAAGGUUCAGUCUCCUACUGAAAAGUCUCAUACCUCUGGAACAACUACAAAGGGGUUGGAAAUGAGCAGUGCACCGACUGUUAAAGUUAUAGAGCAUCCUCUGUCUACUACUCAUCCUCCCAAGACAUUUUCUUCUAGCAAACCCACCACAAGGCCUUUAUCUACGUUACCGGUUCCUCCCAAACCAACAACAGUUGCAUGGUUUGGAGGCCCAAAAGCCUUUACAACGAAAGCCUUUACAACUGGAAAAGAUAUAGAUGAAUGUUUGUCUAAUCCAUGCCCUGUUUUAGCUACAUGUACUAACACACAAGGCUCGUUCCAGUGUACAUGUUCACUUGGCUACCAGAUGGAAAAAGGAAAGUGCAUUUUAGUAAGAACCUUUGUUGGCCAAUUUCCACUAAAUUUUAACACUACUGGAGAAAAGUAUUCAGAACUUCAUCAAAUUGAAGAAGAUGUAAUAAACACACUGAACAAUUCUCUCUCAACGUUGCCUGGCUAUUAUACUUCGACUGUUCAAGCAUCAAGGCAAUUGGGUACUGUCCAAGUUUCCAUCACAAGCACUUUUUCUGUGGUCUCCAACGUCACUCUUUAUGACAUUGUCAGCACUGUGCGAAGCCACAUCCAGGAUUGCAAAGCAUCCUCAAAGGCUUGCCAGUUCGUGUCUAGCCUUCACCAACUACACAGAGCUGGCGGUCUAUGCAAACACAAAGAUCCAGAAUGCGACAAAGAAACUUCUGCAUGCGUGGACUUUGAUGGCAUUGCAGAUUGCCAGUGCAAGCCUGGAUACUUCAGAUACAACAAACUGGAUCAUUCCUGCAGAGCAUGUGAAGAUGGGUAUAAACUUGAGAACGACACUUGUGUGAGUUGCCCAUUUGGAUUGGGAGGAUUCAACUGUGGAAAUCCUUAUCAGCUAAUAACCAUCGUGAUUGCGGCUGCUGGAGGAGGACUUCUGCUCAUCUUGGGGAUAGCACUCAUAGUCACAUGCUGCCAGAAGAAUAAAAAUGACAUAAGCAAGCUCAUCUUCAAAAGUGGAGACUUCCAAAUGUCACCUUACGCUGAAUACCCCAAAAACCCUCGAGCUCAGGACUGGGGUAGAGAAAACAUUGAAAUGCAAGAGAACGGAAGCACUAAAAACCUAUUACAGAUGACGGAUGUUUACUAUAUGCCAACAAACCUACGGAACCCUGAACUAGAAAGAAAUGGACUGUAUCCUCCUUACACUGGUUUACCAGGUACCCGACAUUCCUGCAUCUAUCCUGGGCAAUACAACCCUUCUUUCGUUAGUGAUGACAGCAGAAGACGAGAUUACUUUUAAGUGACUUGCAGGAGUGGAUAUGAAAAACGGGGAAGUUGUCACAGGCUACGCCUUCUGGGUACACUGUGCCAUUAGACAAUUCAAAUGCUGUCACAGGACCAUGCAAAAGAAGGACUUUGAACUCUCGAAGCACAUAGAACAGAGCUACCUGAAAGGAGCCAGUUGAAAGCAAGCAGAAAGAACACCUCCAUUUGCAGCUCUGUGGGAAGCAAGCAAAGUGCUCGUGGCAUUACUGCGGGUGUUCUUCAUUUCUGCUUACCACUAAUGACUACACGUAACGAGAAUAUUGAUAAUAGAUCACUAAAACAAAACUAACCAGCAAACACUAUGGAUGAUACUCUAAACUGAAUGCCACUAGGCUGUGUUGUGUUUACAGAUAAUAAUCUUUAGUGCUGUGUUUGUAUUGCCCACCUUUUUUAUGCAGAGAUGCAACCAUUGGAGAAGACCAACAUGGAGGCAAUCUAAAAUGGAUUGAUUUGUCUAAUGUGGCUAAAUCAAAAUUUUUAUGCAAUCCUAUUUCUCCCCACAGCAUUUCCUAAUGGGGAAAAAGGGGGAAAUCCCAGUUGCAUCCUGGUUAGACUUUGAUAUCUCAACAUUCUAAAGAGAGUGUAGCAGUCAGAGACUUAUGCUGCAUGCAGGAAGCUGGCAUUUUUUUGAGCAAUGCUUGGAAGGUACUUAUCAGUGAUGCAGACUCAAAAAUGAAAUGGCGAGAAAUCAGGUUUGCAGAUUGUGACUUGUUGCUCUAAAGUGCAAAGUAGGUGGUGACGAGUGCAACGUACUCCCACUCCCUGAAGGGAGACAGAAGCCCAAUAGGGGGAAGCGUGUUGUGGGGGUGGAUGUCUGAUAGCUGUUGUUGGCCUCACUCACGCACACACCAGGUCUUUGGUAAAAAAAUCCUGCCAGAAAAACUAAUAAGCUGUCACCAUUUCUGAGGUAAUAAUGGAACUUUUAGAGGCUUUUAACAGUGGAAAACAAAACUAGAUUUUAUUUACAAGCUUUCAUUUCAGUUUGAUAUUACAGAGAGGUUCUUAGGCAUUUCUGGUUCUUUCAGGCAGAUAUUUACUUAGAUGUUACAGAUGGAAUGCAAUUUUACUAAAAUGGCUGUUUCAGUUUUAAGAUAACUUCACACAUGCACAGGUGUCUCUGUUUUCAACAUGGUCCUGAACACACUCCUAAAACACCCACCCUUAACUCUGUAGGGAACUCACACUGGUUUGGGACAGAUUAAGCUCUGGGGUUUCUCUAAACCAGCGGUUCUCAACCUGUGCAUUUGACCCCCUUUGGGGUCAAAUGACCCUUUCACAUGGGUCGCCUAAGACCAUCGGAAAACACAUA